CAAGAGUUUGCAAGAAAACUACAUUGAGUAUGAGUAUGAACUUUAGAAAGCAGAGAGACUACCAUAGGCAGGGACCAAGAAUGGGAGAGAAACAGAAAAGACAAUGGAAGCCUCGGAAUUCUCCACAGAUUCCUUGCAUUAGAGUCCCUCCCUCUGCUUCUAACACUUUAUUACUUAAGGACCUAAAUCAAGGGCAGAGGCGCUACUUAUACAGCAUCAUGAGGAUUUACAACUCCUGGCCCCAGUGGGAGGCGCUGCAGACUCGCUAUAUUCACACACUUCAGCACCAGCAGCAGCUGGGUUAUAUUACUCAACGGGAAGCCUUGGCUUGCGCAGCUGUGCUGAGAGAUUCAACUGAGAGAGCAUCAGCCAAGGUAGUGCCUCAAAGAAUAUUCCCACGAAAGGCUUCAGCCAUGACAAGAAUUUGUCCAUCAACAGAAUCUGCAUCUCUGGUUCGAUGCAAGGCUCAAAGUGCCAGGCUCUAA